AUGGGCACCUUUCUAACACUACCAGUUGAGCUCAUCGCCGACGUCCUCAGCGAACUCGACCUUGACUCUCUCAUCAUCAUCUCAUAUCUUUCUCGUCGCCUACACGAUAUCGUGUCGGACCCUUCGCUUAAUCCUUGGAGAAAACCAAUUCUUCGUUCGCUACGGUCCAGCCAAAAUGAAGGCAGCUCUGGCUCGUUAAAGCACCUUAGUGUCAGGCGAAUAGUCCCAAGGCAUAACUGGAUUGAAAUUCUCAGCUUGGCUUCACCGUCGUUCAUAUUGCUUGACGCCACUCUACCUAAUCUCAGGUCUGAAGAAUGGGAGGAAUGCUUCAAUCGUAGAUUUUUACCUGGUUGGAGAAAGUGGCAUAAAGAGGGAAGCUGGAAAGCAACGUAUCUUGAGGUUCUGCAUCGUGUGUACCACAGGAGCCGCACCUCAUGUACAACAGAUGAAUCUUGGACCAAGUAUAUCGUUUUGAACCGCAACGGAACAGCGAACGAAUUGGAAGGGUCUUCAAGAGGUUUCAACCCUUUGGCAAUCUUUAAUGAGAUGAAGCUCCAGAAUAACCUCAUGCAUUUAGAAACACGCAUAAGACUCGUCGUCGAAUUGACAGAUGUUAGGAUAAUCGCCCUAGGCACCCUCGAUCGACCACGAAGCACUCUUACUGUUAACCCUAAUGCACAUACGUUCUUACACCCGCCCGGUAUCGAUGAUCUCCAAGCUCCCCGCAAUAACCGUGUUGUCACAGACCAUGGUGUUUACCCUCUAGGUCCGAAUUUAGCAGACUAUCCCGGCGUAUCUCCACCAUCCAUCGACUUUUCACAUAUGACGCACCCUUUACCUGUAUCUUCGCAUGCCAAUUAUCCGUGGUAUACUCCUGGAGGAGGCGACAAGCGAUGGCUCGGCUCUGGAGAGGUUGAAGAAGAGGGGCUGAAAUGGGUCGGUGGAUUAAUGAUUAUUACUCAGAUUCUGAUGCCGAAAACGCAUGAACUCGGAGGCGACUGGCUCCCUCUCCAAGACCUUGACUUGGUCGUCGGUUCGGGGAGACAACAAUAUGCUUCGCUUGGGUGGAGUGACCUUUGGGCCAUUGCACCUUGGAUGGAGGAGAGAAUUUCAAAUAAGAUCGAUGGACCUGGGUUGGGUAUUUAA